CACCCACCCCGCCUCCCUUUGACCACCUACAUACCAUACGUCAACUUCCAAUAGUCAAGAUGAAGAUCGCUAUCGUUGCCUCCCUUUUCAUUGCGGCUGUCUCUGCUGCUACUGUUCCAAGCGAGUUAGUUGGACGUCAAGCAUGCUUUCCAAACGAGGGUAUGCCAAAUGCUUCGCUCAGUUGAAAUUGAAUGAACUAAUAAUUGUGUUUCAAAAGUUGCUUGUCGAUACGGCGACGAUUGCUGCACCGGCUUCUGCGUACCAAGAGGUCAACAAGCGUUCUGUGGUGCCAGUAGCGCCGGGACUUGUACGAACGAUGGCGGUAAGUUACCCAACCCCGGUUCUAGUUAGUAGUAGCAUGCUGAUGUAGUCAUAACAGACAGGUGCCUCGCUUCGAACAAAUGCUGCAGUGGAUACUGUGGAUAUCCAAACGGCGACCCAUCGAACGGAUUGA